UAAAAAGUAGGAGGGUAGCAGCAGGCGGUGGUUCGAGCAGAUUGAGGUUUCCGGUUUUGAAAUCGUGGGCGAUCUGAGCGAAGGAAUAAAGAUGGUGGUGGUUUCUUCUCAGAACACGGUGGUUAACACCUACCCUCUCUCCAGCUACACUUUCGGCACCAAGGAGCCCAAGAUGGAGAAGGACACCUCCGUCGCCGAUCGUCUUGCUCGCAUGAAAAUCAACUAUAUGAAGGAAGGAAUGAGGACCAGCGUCGAAGGAAUUUUAUUGGUACAAGAACACAAUCAUCCGCACAUACUUCUUCUACAAAUUGGAAAUACCUUCUGCAAACUCCCAGGUGGUCGCCUCAAGCCAGGAGAGAAUGAAGUUGAAGGCUUGAAGAGAAAGUUGACUAGCAAACUCGGUGCUAAUUCACCCACUCUUGUGCCUGACUGGCAGAUAGGGGAGUGCGUGGCAAACUGGUGGAGGCCUAAUUUUGAGACCAUAAUGUAUCCAUACUGCCCUCCUCACAUAACAAAACCCAAGGAGUGCAAGAAGCUUUUCCUUGUUCACUUGUCUGAGCGCGAAUACUUUGCAGUGCCCAAAAACCUAAAACUGCUAGCUGUUCCAUUGUUUGAACUCUAUGAUAAUGUUCAGAGAUAUGGACCAGUUAUAUCAACCAUUCCUCAGCAGCUUUCCAGAUUCCAGUUUAAAAUGAUCACUAAUUAAUCGUAAAUUAUGAUCAACCAUUUCUACAAAAUUCUCUUCCAUUUUUCUUACUUUAGUUUUUAGAACUAGGAUCAAGUUAAUGUUUAUUAUGACUGCAUAGACUGGGUAGAAUAUUAAGUGCACUUUCUGAAAAUGGUAGAUACUUGCGAGUUGUGACAUGGAUUUUAUGUGUAAAUUUAGUGGAUUAUGUUCUAUCGUCUAUGGAAUUAGGGAAAUGGAUCCUCUCCAAUUUUUUUAACACUUGAGGAAAUGAAGUGUGAUCUCUCACCAUUAACUUUAUAAGUGGAACCAAAAAUAAAUAUGAGAGAGAAAGCAAUGAAGGGUGAGAGAUCACAAUUGACACCAUCCAGUUUUUUCUUUACUCGAGAGGAUCCACUCCCAUGGAUUGGUGUAUGUGCAUGAGAUUAUCAAGCUUUAGAUGAGAUUUGACUUGUGUAGCGUGGAAGGCUCCCAAGGCCUAACCACGAUGCUCCAUUGCUCCUUAAUAUCAUGUAUUAAUGAUAAUGACUAUGUAACAUAUAUUAUCAUGUAUUGAACAAAGCAAUUUCAA